AAAAUCAAAAAGUAGAUGCAAAAAAGUCGAACCUUUCGAUCAAUCUACUAAAUGCCGUAAAUGUAUAAAGCACAAUCUUGAAUGCACAUAUGAUUUUCAACCACAAAAACGUGGUCCUAAAGGUCCUAAACGCCGUAAAAGACCUCCAAAGAACAGAAAACCUUUUACAUCUCCUCCCACACCACCGCCUACAUUUCUCCCUACAUUUCUUCCUAGAUUUUCCUCUACAUCCCCCCAUACAUCUUUUGCAACGUCUCUCUUAACGCCUCCCUUUACGCCUCCCUUUACACCGCCUCCUUCCAAUGUAUUUGUUAAUAAUGAAGAGCUGUAUGAGUUGAUUCUCGAUUUAAUUCCGGAGGGUAUAAAAUCCGAAACUAAUAUUCAGGAUUCACUUCAUAACGAAAAAAAUAUUCUUGACAAAUUAUUUACAAACGAAAAUUCGUCUUUUAUAUUAAAUACCCUUACCUCCACCUCAGCAUCUCCAUGCCAAUAUAAAAAUAUUGCGG